AUGAGACGGCUUGUGCUGUUUGGUUGGUGUGUCCUCGUUUUUUACUGGUUUUGCAUUAACAAUGGAGCUCAAGGUCAAUGUCCAGCAUAUUUACCCAACUUUGUUGUACAACAAGGCUAUCGUCUGUACGGACAUGUUAUCACCUGGCUGUAUGCUGAAAAUGAAGUUCUUUGUAGACUAAAAUGCAAUUUGGAGCAAAGGUGUUUGACAUUCAACUUCGAGGAGAGAACACGGAUCUGUGAAUUGAACGACGCUGACCACAAAGAAGACCUUCAAAAGGCUCAAGGUUUUCUCUACGUUGACAUGAAGAAGUCAACUAAGAAAUAUGAAGUCACUAGUACUAGCCCUUCUCCUACAACAUCCAGGCUAGGAACAGCUGCUAGUGCCAGUACUACUCCACCCCUUAGUACCAGUACCACUCCACCUACCAGUGUCGGCACCAUUCCACCUACCAGUGGAGAUACCAUUCCACACACCAAUGGAGAUACCAUUCCACCUACCAAUGGAGGUACCAUUCCAUCCAUCAAUGGAGGUACCAUUCCAUCCACCAGUGGAGAUUCCAUUCCACCUAUCCAUGGAGAUACAAUUCCAUCCAUCAAUGGAGGUACCAUUCCAUCCACCAAUGGACGUACCGUUCCACCUAAAAAUGGAGGUACCAUUCCACCUGCCAAUGGAGUAAGCCAAGCCCCAUUACAUUUGGUGGAGAUACCCGAGCAGAUUCCAGGAAGUACCAGUACCACUCCACCUACCAGUGUCGGCACCAUUCCACCUACCAGUGGAGAUACCAUUCCACACACCAAUGGAGAUACCAUUCCACCUACCAAUGGAGGUACCAUUCCAUCCAUCAAUGGAGGUACCAUUCCAUCCACCAGUGGAGAUUCCAUUCCACCUAUCCAUGGAGAUACAAUUCCAUCCAUCAAUGGAGGUACCAUUCCAUCCACCAAUGGACGUACCGUUCCACCUAAAAAUGGAGGUACCAUUCCACCUGCCAAUGGAGAUGCAAGUUCAGACUUCGACUUCAAACUUCCACGACGAAGUGAUCAAGAUUACGUGAAGCUCGAAGCCAUGACGAAUGUAACUUUGCUCACAAAGCUUACGAUUAGUUUAAGUGUCAGAUUGAUAUUGGAUGAUGGGGGUCACACAUUCAUAUCUUACGCGACGACCGAACAUUAUAACGAGAUACUAUUUUAUCUAGGGGAUAGGAAGUGGUAUCUUAUCGUAGAGGACCAAAAAAAAACUUUCAACGUCGAUUUCACCCCAGCAAAACAAUGGCAUCACGUGGUCGUCACGUGGGAAAGCGAUGAUGGCAAAACCCAAUUAUGUAUCGAUGGUAUAUCAAUCUAUUCUGAUGAUUCCAAUGAUAAUAAUAAACUGAAAGGUUUACAAGUAAAGGGAGGUGGGUUGUUUGUUCUUGGGAAUGAUCAGGAUAMAUAUGGYGGUGGYUUUAMASRAAAUGAUGCCCUUGUUGGGCAAMUUUCUCGUGUUAACGUGUGGGAUAGAGUCUUAUCUGGAGACGAGAUCAAUAGCCUGGGUGAAUGCAGUGAUGAAGAUGGUACAGUCGUUGCUUGGAAGGACUUCCGCAUGGCCACCUUACAUGGGGAAGCAACUUUAGUAGAGCCCUCCCAAUGUGCAGGACCCCCGGCAGCAAAGGCCCACAUUUAG